AUGGUGGGAGCAGGACCUCCACCCAUUCUUGCCAAAGUGCAGUCAAUAUACGACUCACGCAGCACACAGUACGACUCCAACUCGGUGCACGCGCGACAGGCGCACGACUACGUGACUGCAUGGGCAGACCUUAAACCAGGAGACGCAGUGCUCGACCUCGCGUGCGGCACGGGGCUCGUGGCGCUGGGUGCGAAGCGCCUCGUCGGCGCCGCGGGCCGCGUCGUGGGCGUCGAUAUCAGUGAGGGAAUGCUGAGUGUCGCGCGGCGGAAGGCCGAGGUUGAAGGGCUGCAGGUGCAUUUCGUGAAGGGUGAUGUCUCAGAUCUCAGCAUGAAAGACUUGAGUGCCUCGUGGGACACACGGCCGGGGGAUGGGCUGUUCGAUGUGAUCACCUGCGCAGCAGCCCUCCUCCUCCUGCCGGACCCGGUCGCAGCGCUGCGGGACUGGAAGACCCUUCUCCGCCCGUCGACCGGCCGCAUCGUCACCGACGUGCAGACCGCGGGCGCCAACCUCGUGAUGAACAUCUUCGCCACCAUCGCGCCGCAGCUCCCGGGUGAGUCGGUCCCGUGGGACACGCAGCGCUGGACAUCCCUGCGCGACCUUGAGCAGGUUGCCCUCGAUGCUGGAUUGAAGGUCCACAGUUCUUUUGAGACCGUGCCGUACGCUGUCACACGCUACGAUAAAGCCACUACUCGUGGGGAAGACCUGUUCAGGAAGGCUGUGGGAAAAGGCCACAUGUUCGAGAAUUUUGGGACGCCGGCUGUCCGUGACGAGGCUGAAAGCCUGUUCGUGGAGAAGUACAUGGAGCUGUUGGGUCCGACGGGUACGUUUAUUGAGGAGUGCAAGUAUUGGGUCGUCGUUGCCUCGAAUGCGUGA